CCGGUUUAUCAUAUUCUGCCAGCUGAAAGACCAGGAAAAAAAAUCAACAAUGAACAACAGCUUUAUGAACAUGGCGUCUAUAGGAUACUUCGAUCCACUUAAUGCUACAAUCCCAGCCACCAAAGUUGAAAUCACAGUGUCAUGUAGAAACCUCCUGGACAGAGACACAUUUUCCAAAUCUGACCCAGUUUGCGUUCUCUACACGCAGAGCAUACAGAGCAACAAAGAAUGGAAAGAAGCUGGGAGGACAGAAGUCAUCGACAAUACCCUGAACCCAGAGUUUGUACGCAAAUUCAUCCUGGACUAUUUCUUUGAAGAGCGUCAGAACCUACGGUUUGACCUGUACGACGUGGACUCGAAAAGUGCCAACCUGUCAAAACACGACUUCUUGGGCCAAGCCUUCUGCACCUUGGGGGAGGUGGUGGGAUCCUUGGGGAGCCGUGUGGAGAAGCCCUUACUGGGCAUCCCCGGAAAAAAAUGUGGAACCAUCAUCGUCAAAGCCGAAGAACUUGGGAACUGCAGAGAAUCCGUAAUGAUGCAGUUUUGUGGGAACAGACUAGACAAGAAGGACUUCUUCGGGAAAUCCGAUCCAUUCCUGGUCUUCUACCGCAGCAAUGAGGACGGCACGUUUACAAUUUGCCACAAGACAGAAGUGGUAAAGAACACCUUAGACCCUGUCUGGCAGGCCUUUAAGAUCCCAGUGAGGGCUCUCUGUAAUGGGGACUAUGACAGAGCCAUCAAGAUCGAGGUGUAUGACUGGGACCGUGACGGCAGUCAUGACUUCAUUGGAGAGUUCAGCACCAGUUACAGGGAGCUCUCCUGUGGCCAGUCCCAGUUCAACGUGUACGAGGUGCUGAACCCAAAGAAGAAAGAGAGGAAGAAAAAAUACCAGAACUCGGGAACAGUGACCCUGCUGUCAUUUCUUGUCAAUAUUGAGGUCACUUUCCUGGACUACAUCAAAGGCGGAACCCAGAUCAACUUCACAGUGGCGAUUGAUUUCACGGCGUCAAAUGGUAACCCUGCCCAGCCCACUUCCCUUCACUACAUGAGUCCAUACCAGCUGAACGCCUACGGCAUGGCACUGAAGGCCGUGGGUGAGAUCAUCCAGGACUACGACAGCGACAAGAUGUUCCCGGCUCUAGGUUUCGGCGCAAAGCUGCCUCCCGAUGGAAGGGUUUCACACGAGUUUGCGCUGAAUGGAAAUCCGCAGAACCCCUACUGCCAUGGGAUAGACGGCGUGAUGGAGGCGUACUACCAGAGCCUCAAAUCUGUGCACCUGUACGGUCCCACCAACUUCUCCCCUGUCAUCAACCAUGUGGCCAGAUACGCAUCAUCAGUGAAGGACGGCUCACAGUACUUUGUCCUCCUCAUCAUCACUGACGGAGUCAUCUCAGACAUGGCCCAAACCAAGGAGUCUAUCAUCAACGCCUCCUGCCUGCCGAUGUCGAUUAUUAUUGUGGGUGUUGGGCCUGCGGAAUUUGACGCCAUGGAAGAAUUGGAUGGGGAUGAGGUUCGUAUCUCAUCCAGAGGACGAUAUGCAGAGAGAGACAUUGUUCAGUUUGUCCCGUUCCGAGACUACAUCGACCCGACCGGGAACCACAUCCUGAGCAUGGCCCGACUGGCUAAGGAUGUCCUGGCUGAGAUUCCCGAUCAGUUCCUGUCCUACAUGAGGACGCGGGGUAUCAAGCCCUCGCCGGCUCCCCCUCCAUACACCCCUCCAGGACACUCCAUACAGACACAGAUCUGAUGGAUACCGUUCCAAUAUUCACACACUUUGUGGGGAAACCCCCCCCCCCCACACUGCUGCACUAUGGAGACAGGAAUUCUGGGCCAGGUGGUGCCACUUGCGGUGGACUAAGGUGCCAAAGGCAUGUUUACUUCUAUUUCGAAGCAUCUCGCGGGCUUGUGCAGGUCAUGGAGGACAUCCUGUGGACCUGUCACAGCCUGCGUGGAGGCCACCUGAGGGAGUGACCUUUCUGGGGCCUCUGGAAAGAAGAGGGUCCAAUCAUCUGUGGACCCACAAUCCAUAGACUGAUGUAAAUAAAAGCCUGAAUGGAUUUUCUCUCUUUCUCUCUAUCUCACUAUCAAUGUUUACAUGUUAACUAAUGGUGGAUUUUACCAUUGAAUACUUUUAUAAGCUUCAGCACAACUUUUCCAAUGUUUCUAUUCCUGAUGUAUUGAAUUUGCAGCAGCUAUUGGAUGGUGGAGUCACAGGCAUCAGUAGAGUAGCAUGCAUCAAGAGCAGAGCAUGCAACAUUAUGGGGUUUGCUAUUGUUUUAUACGAUGCUGCCAUCUUGACCUAAUGGCAACUCGUUUGCACAAAAACGAAAACGAGAUCGACUGAAACUAGCCUUAUUUAUGAACAGUAGCAAGCAGAAUUGGAAGCAGCCCAACUGUCAAAAAGAGUGAUUUUAAUUUGUGUCAUUCUGCCGUGUGUUGUCAUGCUUUGAAAUAUAGCAUCACUGGUACAUUGUGCUAAUUUAUCUUGAUUGAGGUAGACUGGUUUUAAUGUGUUUGCAAGCUUUAUGGUACAAGAACUAAUUUGCCAAACGUCUUGUAAACUGAAUUUGAAGUGUUUCACUAUAGCUUGUUGUUAAUUGCAGUGUUAACUCAAUUAACGUGAUGGUCCUCGUCUAACUAUGCACAGCUGGAAGUCCUACGCUGAGGUCCGUCAGCCAACAAAGUGAAACUGAAAUCAAAACCAGUUUUGUACAACGAAUUCCAUUGCAGUGAAAUUUUGCAUGCUUAGCCUGUUGCCACACUCUUGUAGUUCGCAGCCUCAGAACAAACAUCUUCUCAGGAUAUCUCAACUGUUUUUCUAAUGAUCCAACACUCUUCCUACUGUGCUUGCCGAUUUUAUGACUUACUUUUUCUGGGCCUGAGUGCAUAACACAUUCUAAAUUUGUAAUGUUUUCCUAAUCCCUGUGCUGGUGGAAACAAUUCAAUAUCCACAGAGGACAUGGCACUGUAAACCACCUGGUUACAAAGAGCAUUGCUUUACACUACGGCUAGACGAGACUGAGGUAUGUGCAUCCAAACGAUAUUAUCACUAAUGGACUAAAGUGGCAAGCAGGACUCUUAAUUUGAUGCGGAUACUUAAUGUCUUUUAAAAUCAAUGCCCCCACUCUUAUACUGACACAUACACAUUGGCUCUCAUUCACAGUCUUCCCGUUCCCACUGUGGACUUUUCAUGUGCAUUCUCAGAAGGUGAUUUACCCUGUGAGACUCUUCAUUGGACCAGAUUAUACUAGUACUGGCUGUUUCUGCCCUAGUUUACCUAUUACGAUGUAGCUGUGGGCGGGGCUUAUGAGGAACUCUCCAGCCUGUGUGUUUCCAUUAUCUUACAUCUUCCUUUGUCCCAACCUGGGUACCAUCCGACCAAUCCCUGCUACGUAUGGGCAUGUGCAAGCCAAUCAGAAGGAUGCAUUACAGCAUUCUGAUUAAGAUAUGUUUACUGAAAAUAUCCAAAUAAUGUAUGUUAUGAUGUUGUUAUAUUUUACUAUAACCAACGAUCUAUCUGCAUGUUUGGUUUUUCCAAAAGGCUUUAGUUGAUGUUUUCUCAGUUAUCUGUUUAGUAAAAUGACAAUGGCCUUAAUUUCUCACUGAUUUUUUCUUAUAUAUGCUCAAAUGUUUAAUAUCUAUAUUUUUUGUCAGUGUUCAUUUGCUUUGUAAUAUUAUUUCUCUGCACAACCUAAUACAUUAGGAAAAAUAAUCUGUUGUACUUUUGGGAAAAAAUGUGGCCAGUCAUAUAUAGUGUGUUAAAAAGUAAAAACAAUGUCUGGCAAUAUGUAUGAAAUAACUUUUUCUGUAAUACAUUUUAAAAUAAACAUUCCUACUAAAUACA